CAUCUUAUAGGUAAAUUGGAAUAGAAUUUUUCUUUCAUGAAAUUAUGUGUCAAGCAGCAUUUUACUUAUUAAUUAGUUGUCUACAGAUCCAUAACUUGAAGUUACGGACUGUGCGUUUCCAAAUAUUUAAAUUGAAGCGACCGCAAAAUUUGAGAUCGGAUGCAAUAGCAGCUGUAAAUCAAAUAACACUUGUUAAAUAUAUAUAUCUCAUAUUAACGUACCAUCAACCAUUUUCGUGCUACGAGCCACAGGGCCAAAACAAUGCCUAAACACCAUUCUCCAUUGACUGCUAAACCAUUUUCGUAACACAACACCAGCUUCUCCUCCGGGUUGUCACCGCGCCAUCGACUGAAGCUCCCGCCCUCCUCUAAUCCGGCCGUGGUGGCGAAGGAGGAAGAAAGGAUCUCGAAUCUCUCGUCCGGGCAUGGAGAUCGGAAAAUAAGUUCCGUUCGUGUUUGAGGAGAAGGGUGGUCAGAAGUCCAGGUGAGGCUUUGGAAGGAAAGGUGAAAUUUGGGUGAUAUUCUCCUGGAGACUAUUAUGGGCGACUCAACAGCAAUGACCAUCGAGUUUCUUCGUGCUAGGUUGCUUUCUGAAAGGUCCAUAUCGAGAACUGCAAAAGAGAGAGCUGACCAGUUAGCUAAAAGGGUCAUGGAGUUGGAGGAACAGCUUAGGAUUGUUACAAUCCAGAGGAAGAAUGCUGAGAAGGCUGCUGAAGAAGUUCUUGCCAUUCUAGAAGCUCAGGGGAUUGGUGAUUUUUCCGAGCUGACUGAUUCGAGCUCUGACCAAGAUGAAGUUCCUGGUGGUUUGAAAGGGUCUGAUGAUACUUUUAAAGAAGAUGAGACUUCCACAGCCUCCAAAGUGGAGCAGAGUGAAGUUGAGGAUGCACUGUCAGGUUCAGAGCUCGAAGUUUCUCCCUCUCAAGUUGGUAGCAUAUCAUGGAAAGGCCGCAGCAGUAGCCCAGAUUCUCAUGAGAAGCAGAAGGCAAAGCAAAUCAGGCAAAGACAGAGAUGGUGCAGUUUUAUAUCAACUGCUGGAUCUUCUCCAAAAUAUCACUUAGGCAAGUCGUGCCGCAAGAUAAAACAGAAGGAGAUGGGAUCAGCGGCACAGGAUGACAAAGACAAGCAUAUCCUUAAUGAUGCUCGUGAAAAGACAGCAGUUACAUGGUCAUACAUUAAUCACGACCAGCCUCAUUCCAGAUAUGUGAUAGAAAACAUGUCUCCAGAUUCAUCAAUUCCAUUUCUUCUUAAUGAUAAAAAUGAAGAUACUGAUGCAAUUGGAAGUGGGAGAGGUGAAGGGAUGGAAAAAGCCCUAGAACAGCAGGCCCAGCUCAUUGGUCAGUAUCAGGCAGAGGAAAAUGCUCAGACAGAAUGGGAAAGAAAAUACAAUGAAAACAAAUAUGUAACCCUGGCCCAACCAUUUCAAGUUGAUUUUCCUCAGUUCUCUAGUGGUGCUGCCUUCGUUUCCUUUGGCUUUUCUGAAUCUGGGAACCAGCUUCAUGUAACUGAACAUAGUGUUGAACCAAAAGAUAAAAACACUGAGCAUGUCGAUGCAAAGCCAUAUUAUAAUGAAGAGGCAAAACCAAGAGCUGAAAAUUUAUCCACCAUAAAGGAACUGAAAGCUGAAAUUCUAUCCAAUGUCCGCAUACUUCAAAUCUCUGAUAAUACGAAUUUGGAAAAGGCUUCUGGAAGCCAAGAAGCAACUACUGCAGUAUUCUCUGAUGGCUUUGUGAAGACUGAGCUAAUAAGAGCUCCCAGUGGAAUUAAUGCUCAUAUUUGCAGGGAUGACUUCUUGGGUCAACAAUGUGAUGAAGUGGUUGUCAGGGAAACUGCACGUCCUUCCAAAGGAAGCACUUUUACUAGUGCAAGGGACAAGCAGAAACAAGAACUGAAAUAUGACAAAUCUAACAGUGAUUCUUCUAGCAAUCCAAAUCUACUUCCACUUGGGCAUGCAAUCCUCAAUGUACAUUCAAGUGGGAGCGCUUGCACAGCAAUUUCUAGUAGCAAAAUCUCCAAAUGGGGAUCAUCAGAUUUUCAAAACCCAUCUGACAUGCGGUUGUCGCUGGCACCCAGCAGCAACUCGGGGGGUGUGCUGGAAGCUCUUAGGCAUGCUAAGGCAUUACUACGACAAGAAUUCAGUAAGUCACCUCUGUCAGGUCAAGGCACCCUGGUUAGUGUGGUACCAACAGAUUCAAAUUCUUGGGGACAUAUAUCAGGUGAUGCUUUGAAAAUUCCAAUUGGUUCUGCUGGUCUGUUCAGAUUACCAACAGAUUCAUAUCCCUAUGCCCACUUUGGAGGACAUGAGAUUCAUGGUUCAAGAUUAAGGCUGGCUGCUAUUAGUCCUUAUGUUAGAUAUGUCAGCAGUAUGAAUAGUGUCCAAUACCCAUUUACUUCCCAUAGAGAAUUCAGAUCUGGGGUUUCACUGAACAAUCAGACUUUUCAUCUAUACCAUUUGGGCACAGGAGUUCCUGCUUCCAGUGUUUUUGAUCUUCCUUAAACAAAUGUGGAAACUGAAAUGCCUGUUGAUUACCCAAACCCAACAGAGAGACAAACCUUGCCCAACAUGAUUUUGGUGGCCCAGAUGGAUGUGAGAUAUGGAAUACCUGCUGAUUAUCAAAGCCUUACAGGGAGAGAGUCUUUGAUGAACAAGAUUUCAGAACCUCAUGCUGAUACAAGAAUUAGAAUGCCACCUGAAGAUCCAUAUUUGAUGUGCGGUCCAGACAUUACUCGCUGCAAUAUGCAGAUGUUGUAGCUAUUGCUGUAGAAUGGUGUUAUCUGUCAGUAGGGAGAUUUCUUGGCCUCAUUUGAUCUGUCAUUUGUUGUAAUUUUUGUUCUCUUAUAUUUAGUCAUGGUUUUACAUAUUGUAACAUAUAUAGCAUUCUGCAUUCGGUGGUUGCCUGGCUUCUAAAUUGGAAAAUGUUGAUGCCUCUUCCUCAUGCUCUGAUGCACUUGUUCAUUGGAAUAGGAAUCAUGUAUGGGCUUU